AUGAAUCUUACGCAAAGUGAUAAGUUAGUGGCCGAGCAUGAGGUCGAAUUUCUAAGAUUGUGUCGUUAUGCUCAAGGCAAGGUGGCAUCAAAGUAUGAGAAAUGUGUUCGUUUCGAGGACGACUUGGGGGAUAGUUUGAAGUGUACUUCUGGUGAGAUUAUUGUACUGAGUCCGUUGAGGCAAUCUGUUCGGUGUUCAGUUUUUGGGGAUUCUUCUAUUGGGGAUAUUAGAACAGUGAGAGAAUUUCUGAAUAUUUUUCUUGAGGAGCUACCGGGUUUACCUCCGAAUCGAGAAGUUAAGUUUGGUAUUGAGCUUUUACCGGGUACAGUUUUGGUGUCCAUCGCUUCAUACCGUAUGGCACCAAAAGAGCUUACAGAGCUUAAGGCUCAACUUCAAGGACUUUUGGAUCGUGGUUUCAUGAGGGGCUGUGGUUUUAUAUGUAAAGAAAAAGGAUGUUACUAUCAGAGGUUUGUUGAGGGGUUAUCACUGAUUGUAGCUCCUCUAACUAAGCUUUUACUUAAGAAUGUUCCUUCUGUCUCAGCUGAUGCGCAACAAUCGAGCAUCGAGAAGCUCAAGUCUAUUCUAACUCAAUCUCCUAUUCUGAUACAGCCUGAAUCUGGUACGGAGUUUAUGGUGUAUAGUGAUGCAUCACACGUUGGUUUGGGACCUGUAUUGAUGCAAGAUUGUAAGGUUGUGGCUUAUGCAUCCCGACAGCUUAAGUCACAUGAGGGGAAUUAUCCGACGCAUGAUUUUGAGCUAGCUGCCGUGGUGUUUGCGUUAAAGAUCUGGAGGCACUAUCUGUUGAGAGUGGCAACACAUCUGAUUUUGGACUAUGUAAUGGUGGAGUUUUGUGUUUCUGAGGACCGGGUGAUUCAGAUACUGGAGUAUAUGCUUCAGAGUUGUGUGAUUGACUUUCGAGGGAGUUGGGAGGAUUUUUUACUGUUAACUGAGAUCGCCUACAACAAUAGUUUCCAGAUUAGCAUCCAAAUGGCACCUUACGAGGCUCUAUAUGGUCGCAAGUGUCCUUUUGAUAGACAAAAGUCUUAUACGGAUCUGAAAGUGAGGGAUAUCGAAUACUUUGUGGGUGAUUUCGUAUUCCUUAAGGUAUCUCCAUGGAAGAAAGUUCUGCAGUUUGGUCGUAAGGGCAAGUUAAGCCCUAGGUUUAUUGUACUGUAUCAGAUUCUGAAGCUUGUGGGACCAGUUACUUAUCAGUUAGAGCUACCUCCAAAGUUAGACCGUAUCCAUGAUGUGUUUCACGUCUCAAUGUUGAGGCGAUAUCGAUCUGAUCUAUUGUACGUUGUCUUUGUUGAGGAGAUCGAGGUUAGACCGGACUUGACAUUUGAGGAGGAGCCAGUUUAG